UGGAACGUUCUCCAGAACUAGAAGCGGUGGUUCAGUUCAAAACUUGAAAUACACAUUCUCAAUUCUCAUGCCUCUUUCUCAAAUCUCAACUCUCAUCUCUCACCCAAACCAAGCCAAGGAAUCACAGUUCCGAUCAUGGAAGCUGAAGCCACCACCGCUCCCAAGUUGGCACUCGCCGACACAGACAUCAACUGGGACAGGUAGGUUGGAUAAAACCAAGUUUCACGUGAUUGGCGCCGUUCUCUUCACCGCCCAAUCGGCGCUGCUGCAUCCGACGGCGGUGGUGAAGACACGGAUGCAGGUGGCCGGCGCUCGCCUCUCCCACGUGCGGGGAGCCUCGCUGUUCGCUCACAUUCUGCGGAGCGACGGCGUUCCCGGAAUCUUCAGAGGUUUCGGCACCUCCGCCGUGGGUUCGGUCCCCGGGAGGGUCCUGGCUCUCACGUCUCUCGAGGUUUCGAAGGACGCCGUCUUGAGACACACGCAGGGCAGUCGCAUUCCAGAAGCUUCGCGCGUUGGCCUCGCGAAUGCGGUCGCCGGCUUGCUGUCCAAUUUGGUUUCUUGUGUCUACUUUGUGCCUUUGGAUGUGAUUUGUCAGAGGUUAAUGGUACAGGGUCUUCCUGGGACAACGUAUUGUAGAGGGCCCUUUGAUGUCGUUCGUAAAGUUGUGAAGGCUGAGGGGUUUCGUGGCUUGUAUAGGGGUUUUGGAUUAACCGCUGUAACCCAGUCCCCUGCAUCUGCACUUUGGUGGGGUUCAUAUGCUGCUGCACAACACCUAAUUUGGAGGACUUUGGGCUACAAAGAUGAAACAGGGAACAAACCUUCACAUAUGGAAAUGGUGACAGUUCAGGCUACUGCUGGGAUGGUUGCUGGUGCUUGUUCUUCUGUUAUCACUACUCCCAUAGAUACUGUUAAAACACGUCUUCAGGUUAUGGACAACUACGGUUCUGGAAGACCAUCGGUACUGAAGACAGCAAAGAGUCUCCUUAAGGAAGAUGGAUGGUGGGGAUUUUACAGGGGGUUUGGACCAAGAUUUUUAAACAUGUCACUUUAUGGAACAACCAUGAUCGUUACUUAUGAACUGAUAAAGAGAUUAUCAGUUCAACCAAGUUCAAGGUCUUUUACUUGAGAAGUGCAAUUGUACUAUAAGAGCAGAGACAGAUUCAACACGCAUGAUUUUAGCAUGUGUUCAGGGACAACCUAUUGAUGGACCCUUUCAACCUCAGAUACUGCAUGAUGCAGUAUGGCAAAGCCUGAUCAGUCUACCCUUUUCUCAAAGACAGUUACUUUUCCACAUUUUAAAUGACACCAUAACUUCUGCUUCUUCAAAACUGUUACACGGGAAUUCUUGUUUCUUUUGAGUAUUGGGGUGGGGUGGAAUAUAGAGAAGGAGAAUUAUAGUUUUUCACCAUAUUCUUCAUUCCGUGGGCAUUACUUGUAUACACGGCCCAAAGUAUCCGGACAAUUUUUCAGAUAAUGUAGGAUUGUUGAAAGAACGGAUUUAAUUAUAGUUUGACCUUACAGUUUGUAGUUUGUUUGCAAAUUAAAUAAUACAUAGCAGCAGAGGUAUUGGCCGAAUUCUAUUGGUAUGUCUCAAAC